CCCUGUUCUUUAAUACCACUGGAAAAAUGAACAUAUUCUGCCAGCACCAGAACUUCCCCUUUCCGCAAAAUGCCAUCUUUCUUCCAUGUGCAACGGUGCUGAACUCUCAACUUUGGUACCGAUUGGUGGCGGGUCCAACCCAAAACAAACAGGUGAGCGAGGGAAGUGCCAGCGCUAGUGAGAUAUUAGCUGGAGCUUUGACAAAGGCCGAAAUUCAGGUCCAUUCAUUUCUUUACGCGACAAAAGUUGGUUCCUUUUGGCUGUUGGGUGGUGAAAUUUGUCAACUUUACAGAAAGGAAAUUGGAUGCCUCUGAUUCUGCAGAGUGUAACGGAAUUGCACGACGGCUGAGCUCUGGUUGCGACGGUGGCCGGCGAUUCACAAUAUUAGACCAGGAUUAAGCAGAUACCGCCAUUGAUGGAAGUUCAGAACUCAAGAAGGUACAGAAAACCCC